AGUCGAAUCAAUGCGGGGGACGCGAGAAACUCACGCGUGAAUAACGUAUAGUAUGCGGAGGGGGAUUGAUGCGUAUUUGCGCACAACAAAAAUCAAACAACACACGAGGAUUUGCUAGAAAUGCUACCAGAAUGUAGAAAGUAGGGACGGAAGUGUGUUUUGUGACUGUACAAGUUGCUCCUGCAGCUCAUGGUGUGAUCAUUCACUUCAGUAGACUCGCUGCCUCUCCACCCGGGUCCUCCUCAGUCCAGAUCACUAUGUGGCUGCUCAGUGCGCCGCCUGCUCGCAGUCUGAAUGGCCGCAGCUGCUGAAAGACGCGCCCCACACGCACAUCUCCACUUGGCACCGCAGCUGUUCACCUUCUUCUGCACCUGACGCGCGCCGGGCGGCGGGUGCGAGUGGUGGCGGCCGCCCGCGUCCUCAGCACUCUGGACAGCGCUCGUCGUGGGAAGUUGGAGAGGACGCGGCGGUGCGCACGGAUCUAACUGGAAUGAGAAGCUGGAGCCGCUGGAGAAGACGUGCGCGACGCGCGGCCAUGGUUGUUCCCAAGUGCGCAUUGUCCACAACAGGCGCAGGUAACCCGAGGGUGGGCGCUCCGGUGUGAGACAUGGACUUUGCUGACAUUAUCUUCGCUUUGUUCAUCGUCGUGGUCGCGGUCGUGUCGCUGUUGUCCAACUUGUUGGUGCUGCUAUGUUUCGUGCACAGCACCGAGAUCCGCCGACAGGUGCCCGGUGUCUUCACCAUGAACUUGUCCUUCUGCAACAUCCUCAUCACUGUGCUCAACAUGCCCGCCACUCUGGUCGGGAUCGUGCGGAACCAGCAGCCUUUCGGGGACUGCGUGUGCCACGCGGUGAGCUUCCUGGAGACUUUCCUCACCGCCAACACCAUGCUGAGCAUGGCCGCCCUCAGCAUCGACCGCUGGAUCGCGGUGGUCUUCCCGCUCAGUUACUCCACUAAGAUGCGCUACAAGGACGCGCUGAUCAUGGUGUGCUACUCCUGGCUCCACUCCUUCACCUUCUCCCUCACGGCGCUGCUCUUCUCCUGGGCCGACUACAGCGACGUGUACGCGUCGUGCACCCUGCAGCCGAGGGACCGGGGCAGCGAUAGGAUUAAGUUCACAAUCUUCACGGUGGUUUUCCACGCCACCAGCUUCAUGCUGUCCCUGCUCAUCCUCUGCUUCACCUACCUGAAGGUGCUGAAAGUCGCCAGGUUCCACUGCAAGAGGAUUGACAUAAUCACCAUGCAGACUCUCUUCCUGCUGGUCGACAUCCACCCCAGCGUGAAGCAGAGAUGUUUAACAGAGCAAAAGAGGAGAAAGCAAAGAGCCACCAAGAAGAUCAGCAUCUUCAUCGGCUCAUUCAUCAUCUGCUUUGCUCCUUAUGUAAUUACAAGGUUGGCUGAGCUUCUACCUUUCGUGGACGUCAACCGCCACUGGGGAAUCAUCAGUAAGUGCCUCACAUACAGCAAGGCGGCGUCCGACCCCUUCGCCUACUCCCUCCUACGUCAGCAGUACAAGAAGGUCCUGGUGUCCGUGGUCAACAGGCUGCUCCGGCGCGACCUCUACCCUUCAUCCGGCCACAACAGCUCUCUGGACACAGAGAGCGACUACUGUCUCCAGAGGAUCAGCUAAUGGGCGAACGUGCGGACGUGACAGACGCACAACACACAGCGGGGCCGAGAAAAAACAGAGAAGGCUGCCUCUUGAGGAGGAAGAGGAGGAUGGGCGGGGGCGAAGAAUUAGGGAGAGAGAGAGAGAGAGAAGGAGUGGACAGGAUAUUAGACGGAAGCAAAAGGAGACUAGA